GUAACAUUGAUUUUUAAUCCAAUAUCUAAUCCAUUCAACACAUGUAUAUAAAUGAAAAGAAAAAGUUGUGUGAGUUACUUGAUAUGAUCAUGAGCAAUAGUUUGUGCUCUAAACGUCAUCAGUUAAUAUUACUGUACAACACUGUGUGUGAUUUACCAAAAUAAAAUCUUAUCCAUAAUGGAAUCACAAAAUGAAGUUGUCUUCAGUUACUUCGAUGAAUACAUGACUAGAAAAUGGUCUAACCUAGAAAGUAAUACUAAUCAUUAUAAUUGGAAGAUAUUUUUAAGUCGCGUCAGGGAAAACAUCCUGUGUCUAAUGUGUUUUAUCAUUAAUCUUUGUAGUUCUCUUGUAAAUAAACAUCAUUUUGAUGUAAAAAAAAUAACAACAGGCUGUUAUGAUUGUGUCGCCCCAAGAGCAGUCGUGCAUUCAUAUUCUAUGGAUAUCUAUAGUUUAACUUCACUUAUAAAUUGUAGUCAAAAAUUAUGGCAUAUUUGUACAGAACUCUAUAAUUUUAUUAGACGCUAGUAACUAGUGUGACAUGUCUAGUCCUUUCUUUGGUGCAGACUGAAUUCUAUCAGUCAGGUUGUAGUGUGGCCA